AUGCGGUGUCACAACGACUCUCAGAGUGCUGUGGUGCCUGCGGAGGCGUUGGUGCAGAAAGUGCCAAGGCCAACUUCCACAUUCUGGGUUUUAUACACCAGGAAGCAUGAAGAAUCGAGCCGGUUGGUUUUGCACCAAGAAACAAUGAAACGGCACCUCGCAAAUGUCACCAUUUGUCCUGUGGAUGAGUUUGAGGAUCUGAAAAUUAAGUUGAACACACUGAGUGACGUGGAAUGGGAUGGAUUUGUUUCAAGAAGUCUCGCUGAGCGGGAGGCGUUGGAAGUGCACGCAAAAUCAUGCGAUGACUGGUGUCAGCUGCGAGUGCAUGAACGUGGCAAGGAACUGUGUAGUCUCAAACAAGGACGUCUUGUAUCGAUUCGGGAACGGCUCAAGGGAUUGGGUUUCUGUGAUGCAGUGCUGGCGGAUGAUGUAAUCUUGCGGAUCCCAGGGGCGAAUCGAGGCAAGCCACUAACAGAAAGAGAAUGGCUUGCAAUGAAGGACAAAGCUUUCGAUGCUGCUACGAAUCAAGUGACACUUGUAAAGUCCUUGACUAGAACGCGCACGGAAAAGAUAAUAGCGAAAGAAUACACCGCAUGGACGCUGUUCGCGCUGUGGAGCUCGAUUUUGAUCGUCUUCGAACGGAUGGGGACCCUAGGGAUAUUUCAGCUACUCGCUAGCGAGUAUUCCCGCGAUGUCAUGCAAAAGCUUUUCUCUAAAGUUCCCAAUCACCUGCGUCGUUCUACGCCGGAAAGUACUUUAGCGUUGGCUUGCGUGGCUUUUGAGCUUUCUGGGGGAAACGCUUGGAGGAUAGCUCAUCUGGGGUCGGCUCUCCUCUGUAAAGUAUUGGAUAUUGACGACUGGACGUUCGCCGCUUCUGCUUCGGGCGUCAUCAGCGAUGUCAUCAGGCGUAGUGGAUGGGAUCCCAGCCAAAUGACACUCGCUGAACUAGAGCGGGAAAAUAUACGUAUUCAGUGUGCUUCCUGUGUGGGAACUGAUGGCACCAUGCCGACAAUGACAUGGCGAGGAAGUGUGGGUUGUACCGUUCGUACGAUCUUCUGUCCCCUGACAUUUCGUAUCGAGGUCCAUCACUUCCGUGAGAAACAUUCGCAUGUAUCUCCUGCAGAUUGGAGGAUCCUCUUUGGUACCGAAAAAGAACGCUACAUCAUGGAAGUCGAGACACCGGAAUUGAAACGAAAGAAUUUAAGAUACGAUUGGACCUGUCUGCUUUGUCGCGAUAUUUUAUCCGGGUGGUCCUAUUCGGAGAGGGCUAUGCUCCUACACAUUGCCCACGCGUGCUACAUGCAGGAUUUGGAUCUAGCCCCAGAAACAAAUGUCUCGGCCCUCUGGAACCCGGACUCAUAA